CUCAGCGUGGAAGGAAACCUGAGAGGCAGUGAGGGAGGGAGGGUGAGUGAGUGAGCGGUGUGUUGUAGUUUAUCCUAUGCGGAUUUCACAGACACCGAUUCUCAGCUCGAAAAGACUCGUAUCGCCCAGUACAGGCCGUGAUCAGCGCUAAGACAGAUCCUGCUUUAUAGAUUUCCAGCAACCAUAAAAAUAAAAAAAAACCACAGUGAUCUGGAAUUCAGACUUAGGCAGCACAGAGAUGUUUGUCUCUGUAGAGCUAAGCUGAUCCCAGCGUAGGGAGACCUGUCUGGAUCUGCGGCAAGAACUGAAGCGGAAGGCAGCAGGAAAGAGAGGAUGCUGGGAGGACAGCGCCAGAGAUGAGCGGCAGUGAUGGGGUGUCCUGGGACUUCUGGUAGAGAAGAGGAGCCCUCCCUCUCUCCACCUUCACUCUGCUGAUCCCCCUACUCCUCUUUUAACCCAUGUAGCGUUUGCUUUCACUUUUUCUCCCCUAACAUCUUACUCCACAUUUCACCAUGACAACAUCUGCCUUGCGACGACAGGUGAAGAAUAUUGUGCACAACUAUUCAGAAGCAGAAAUAAAGGUACGGGAGGCCACUUCCAACGAUCCAUGGGGCCCAUCAUCGUCUCUCAUGUCAGAGAUUGCUGACCUGACCUUCAACGUUGUGGCAUUUGCUGAAGUCAUGGGAAUGGUGUGGAAACGGCUCAAUGACAGUGGCAAGAACUGGAGACACGUCUACAAGGCCCUGACUCUGCUGGAUUACUUACUGAAGACAGGAUCAGAGAGGGUAGCUCAACAGUGCCGAGAAAAUGCAUUCACCAUUCAGACCCUGCGGGACUUCCAGUAUAUGGAUCGUGAUGGCAGAGACCAGGGAGCAAACGUUAGGGAAAAAGCGCGGCAGCUGGUGUGUCUGUUGCGGGACGAGGACCGACUGCGUCAGGAGAGGAGUCAGGCCCUGAAGACCAAGGAGAGAAUGGCUGGAGGAGGCACCGGAGGGGGCAGCGGAAGCGGCAGUGGCGUUUAUGGAGGCAUUCCUCCAGCAUAUCACCCUGGCAGACGUACAAGUCAGCCCAGCAUGGCUGUGCUGUACGGAGAGGAGUUUAGCCGCUCCAGGGGCUCACCAUGCUCGUUCAACUCCUCAGCCUCGUCCCCCCACGCCGCCUCAGACCUGGAACAGGCCCGGCCUCAGACCAACGGGGAGGAGGAACUGCAGCUCCAGCUGGCUUUAGCAAUGAGCAGAGAGGAAAGUCAGAAGGAGCAGCGCUGUCGCCAAGGAGACGACUCCGUGUUACAGAAGGCCCUGGAUGAGAGUCGAAGAGAGAGCCAGUCAGGGACGCAUGAGUCUGCCAUGUUGGAUCUGGUGGACAUAUUUGGAUCCUCAUCUGAGCCACAGCCUUGCCCAAGUGACCCUUGGAUGUCAGCUCAGCCUUCCUGUAACAUUACCUCUAAUCCCUGGGACUCUGUAGGUGGGUGCGUCAUUACAGGCACACACAGUGGAGCAGUUCAGUCAAGCACUCCUGUGAUUAAUAGCCCCUGGGUAGCCCCGUCCUCAUGCUCCAACAACUCUAAUCCUUGGGCUCCAUGUACCAACUCACACUCAGACCCUUGGGAAGUAGCACCUGCAGCUUCCAGCCCUCACAACAAUGCUUGGAACAGCCCAACAGAUGGUGACCAUGAUGGGACCGAUCCGUUCACGCUACAGGAAGAGGAUGAUCCUCAUCAAGAGGGUCCCAGAGCUACCUCCCCUUUGCCAGCCAGUCCCACAGAUGCAGAGUUGUUUGCUGAAAAAACAGAGUUUGAACUGUUUCCUGAGCAAGACCCCCGCUCAGAUCCAUUCAAACCAGAUCCGUCAUUAAAGCACCAGGUGAACGGUCGCAUGUCGGCCAGUCCAGAGAUGUUUGACCUCUCCUGCUUGGCGCCACCUCUCGCCGCCCCAGCUGCUCGUGUUUGCCAGACUCCAGAGACCUUCCUGGGACCCACAGGGGCCUCGCUGGUCAAUUUGGACACUCUGAUUCCCCCCAAGCCCCCUGCUAAGAUGCAAAACAACCCCUUCCUCUCAGGUCUGAGCGCACCAUCUCCCACCAAUCCUUUUCACUGCGACCAACCACGGCUCACCCUCAACCAAAUGCGACCCUCCUCUACGUCACCGCUGCCCCCCCACAUGCUGUCUUACAGCCCGUCGUUGCCUCUUCCUCUGCUCCACCAGCCGCCUGUCCUGCCAUCCUCCCUCACACAGCCUUCUUCUGGGAUCUUGGACCUUCCCUCUAACCUCCCGCAGCCUCUGCUCCCUCUGUCUCCUCGACCGGCACCACACACUCAGACACAAACGUAUAGCCACAACCCUUUCCUCUGAGACUGAUGCAUCACAGCCUCUGCUGUGCAUUGGGAAAUGUACUCAGAAGGGAAUGAUAUGUGUCAGCAACUGUAAAGACUGCGUAAGAGUGUGAACUGAUGUCAUUAACUUAAAAGUUGAUAUAAUAGAUCCAGAUGAUGAAAUUGUGUCUGUCUAAAGACACAUCAGCUGCUAUAAAACCUGAACUCACUCAUUCAUGCACUCCAGAGUGCCUCAGGAUGCAUAAACACACAUGUUCACAAUAACAAACUGAGAGUCAGUAUCUGAAAAGUUUGUGAGCCACUUUUUCUUAUCCCUCUCUACAUCUACUGUGACAGCUGCAAGCCCCCUCUGACAACACACACGUUUCCCUUCUUAAAGCGACACACUUUGAUUGUCCCCCAAGCUUCACUGGGAUCCUUACUGCUGUUCACCGACAAAAGCAUGAAUGCCUUUUAUUCUCAAGGCUCCAACCUUUGACACUCUGAGAACUGGAUAUGAUUUUCUCCCAAAUGUUUUGAACAGUGUUAAGGUUUCUGCCCAAGACUGUAUGAUAUAAGCACAGAUCACAUGUGGCAAAAGCCAUGCACCCUUUCCUUUGCAUAGAUUAUGACUUGCAAUGCCGUGAAAAGUAUCUAACUUCAUUGCAGAUUUCAUUCAUGUUUGCUUAUUUUUGCUGGCAAUAUUUCAGAUUGAACCACUCUAUAUUAUAUAUAAUGACUCCCAAAACCAGUUCCUUGGCUGUAUCAAUUCAGCCAAAACCAGUUCCUUGGCUUUAGAAUUGGUGUGAUUGAUAUCACACCAAUUCUUAGAAUUGUUUUCUAAUUUAGCCUUAUUUUAUUUUAUUUUUUACUUUUUACGAUGACUUGUCAGUUUAUGGUCAAUAAUUAAAAUCGUAUUUAAAUCUGAAAGUUGACUAUAACAUGGAUUUAGGGUCUUUUUGGCCAACAUGCAGAAAUCCCCAGAAGGACUCACGUAAGCAAUUAAAAGUGUUAUUGAAAAAAUGAAAGGAUUAAAACCAGCUUCUGAAAUGCAGGAUUGACUGGCCUCUGGAAACAGGAGAGAAUAAUUAGCAAAGGCGAUUUCAGUAUCUUGUACCUAAUGAAUGUAAUAAACUGGCUUACCAUGAUGGAGUUACUGGUAGGCCUUUAAAAGGAAAAACAAUCCCAUUUCCAAAGGACUGAGUUUAAAAAUAGGCAGGCUUCAACUGAAGAAGCUCUAGAGCAGAUUCUUGGUCCAAGGAGAUCCACAAGUAAACAGCUUAGGGAAGGCAAACCAUGGAACUUGACUCGGCCUCAUAAAUUAUGUUGCAUAUUUGGUCUUCAUAUGUCUAGAUCAGUGUACUGACUUCGUUGGGAUCAGGGUUUUUUGUUUUCCCUGUUUUCUUGAUAAAUUCAAUUAGACACUGGUGUCUGCUUUGAUAUUACUAUUGAAAUUAAACCAAAAUUAAGGGAUUUACCACAGUUAAUUUGAGGCUUUACAACAGGUGCAGCCAGUUUUCAUGUGAGGCUUGGUUGGUAGAUAAAAUCAUCUAAAAACUCCUUUUUGAAUUAGCUCUGAUUAUUUAUGCCUGAAAUUAGGAGUUGUUCAAUGAUCUUAAAUAUUCAAGAACACCAAAAAUUCAAAGAUCUAUGAAAUUUGUAAAGACUUAAAUACUCAGUAAAAUGUGCAUUACCUUUAUAUUUUGCACUCCUGUGAACAUCUGGUUCUAAGUUCACUCAGGUUUAUAUUAUUUUUGGCAAAUAGACCCUUCACAAUCUGGGAUAAUCCAGUUUUGAAUUGAUUUGCAACCUAAAUGUGGAUCUUCUUGGAUCUCUAAUUAUAUCAGUGCAUGUUUCCCCUGAUAACCCAAAAUCCUACAACCACAAUGGAGGAAUUCUGGAAUAAUUGUCUUUCACUCCUUUAAGAGAACUAAUCCUAAAUUAAUCAAAUUGAUAGAGUCUGACUACAGAAAAAAAAUAAUCCAGGGAGAUUAUUUACAUUAAUUUAGAUAUAAAUGGAUGAUGAAAGAGCAGGUAAGAAGAGAAAAUUUGAGAAAUAAAUUAAAAGAAAUGCAAACAGAUGUAAAGCUCUUUGUUCACUUCUAGUUUAAUGAUGAGAAUCUGGAAUAAUUCACAUUAGACACUUCAUCACUGCACUGAACCUGGACUUGAAUGUGUAAUGCCUACCUAUAAACACAAAGUACAUAUGUAUCUAUUGAAAGUUAUAAUCUUGUAUUAUGAAAUAUCAUAUAAAUAAACGGCUAGGGUUUGCAUUCAUGGUUUCUUCUGUUUUUAUGGAUUCAAGAGCCAUUGUCUCUCCUUUUUCAGCCUUGAAAGCCCAACGAACGUAACAUCAAACUACUUGUGUGCACAAGUAGUUUGAUAUUUAUGUUAGCCAUGUUUUAUCAUGUAGCAAACACAAACUUAAAAUAUUUAAUUGGUGUAUUUUAAGGAAAAAAGAUAAACACUUUGGCUACUUUUCUUAACAGAAAAAAAUGUGGAAAAACAUCUACUGUGCAUUAGAAUCUGCCCCAUUUACUCUGGUACUCCUAAAUAAAAUCAAGUGCAACCAAA